AACAAACUCGAAACAUUUGCAAGUAUAUUAAAGGCUUUUUUGAGCUAUAAACAAACAUUAGGCUUAUGCUAUAAAGCCACCGGUCAGCUAGAGCGCCCCUCUAAAGUAUUGUUGUACCGUAGCUAACCCUAGAAAAAGCGGUGAACUUUGCGCCUAUUGUUUCCAUACACAAAAUUGACGGAGCCAUUUCAAUCUGUUUGUUUUGAAAGCGCCGUAUCGGAUAAAUCGCAAGAAUCAAGCAACUAUUCAGACGGCGUGUGGUGCGAAUUGUGGAGCAGUGUGCUUAAAAGAUAGAAAUUAGUCAUGUCAAGUGAAAAUGAUUUCUACGUUCGAUAUUAUGUCGGCCACAAAGGAAAAUUUGGACACGAAUUUCUGGAAUUUGAGUUCCGUCCCGAUGGCAAACUCCGUUACGCCAACAAUUCUAAUUACAAGAAUGAUACAAUGAUCCGUAAAGAGGUAUACGUAAGUUCUGCAAUCAUGCAAGAACUUCGAAGAAUCAUUGAUGAUUCCGAAAUCAUGCAGGAGGAUGACAAUGAUUGGCCUGUUCCUGACCGUGUUGGCCGGCAAGAGUUGGAAAUUGUGCUAGGGCGCGAGCACGUCUCAUUUACUACGUCGAAAAUCGGAAGUUUGGCCGAUGUCACUAACAGCAACGACGUAGAGGGUCUUCGAUGCUUCUACUAUCUCGUUCAGGACCUGAAGUGCUUAGUAUUUUCGUUGAUUGGUCUCCACUUUAAGAUCAAGCCUAUCUAAGCGAUCACGGUUGUUCCACAAAUAACAUAUUCAACAAUAAGAUAUUGAUUUCGGGACGCAAUACUGCUGCCUGUCUACAACGAUAUAAUGCCAAUGUGUACUCAAUUUCUCUCGUGCACAAUCGAAAAUCGUCAUUUGACUUGGAAUAGAGAGUCGAAGAGAUGCCGAUUAGCAGGACCAACCGACCUGUACACAAAAAAUGUCUAUUAUGUACGUACAUCUUAAAUAUUCACUCUAAUUAUGAAAAUGCCGGUCAGGUAAAGGCCGUAGAAAGAAUAAAUGCAAAGAAAAGUAGUAUAUCCCUGUU